UAAAAUAUUCUAACAUAUUGGUAACCCUUAUAACCUGUUGCAUAAGAAUGAAAUAGAGUGCUUUUAAACAAUCAGUCCCAUACUGCAAAAAACAUUUUUAAAACGAAAAAAUGAACAAAUACAGCAAAAAUUUGCUGACUUUUUUUAAAAACAUUAAAAAUCUUCCACUGACCCGUUCACACUUCACAUAUUUUCCUGACCGAAAUGUAAAAAAAGUAGCAUCACACGGAGUUCAGAAAAUGAACAUGUUCCAAGCUAUAAACAGUGCCAUGGAUCAUGCUUUGGAAGAGGACGGAAGUGCUUUACUUUUUGGUGAGGAUGUUGGCUUUGGUGGUGUUUUUAGAUGUUCAAUAAAUCUUCGUGAUAAGUAUGGGAAAGAUAGAGUUUUUAAUACUCCUUUGUGCGAACAAGGCAUAGCUGGGUUUGCUAUCGGUGUUGCGAAUACAGGGGCAACAGCAAUAGCGGAAAUACAAUUCGCUGACUAUAUAUUUCCAGCAUUUGACCAAAUUGUAAACGAAGCAGCAAAAUAUCGUUAUCGAAGUGGAGGCAUAUUCGAUUGUGGAUCUUUAACAUUCCGUGUGCCUUGUGGAGCUGUUGGUCAUGGCGCACUUUAUCAUAGUCAAAGCCCUGAAGCCUAUUUUGCACACACUCCUGGUUUAAAGGUUGUGGUUCCUCGAGGGCCAAUCAAAGCGAAAGGAUUGUUAUUGGCUUGCAUUAAAGAUAAAAACCCGUGUAUUGUUUUUGAGCCUAAAACUUUGUAUCGAGCUGCUGUUGAGCAAGUGCCCGUUGGAAGUUAUGUUUCCGAAAUUGGACAAGCAGAUAUUUUACGUAAAGGUAGUGAUAUUACACUCAUUGGUUGGGGUACGCAAGUUCACGUGUUGUUGGAGGUUGCCGAUUUGGCUAAAAAAGAGUUGAAUGUGGAUUGCGAGGUUAUUGAUUUGGUAACCAUUUUGCCAUGGGAUAGGGAGACAAUCGCAAACUCUGUAAAAAAAACUGGUCGUGUCGUUGUUUCUCACGAAGCUCCAUUAACACAGGGCUUUGGUUCGGAAAUUGCAGCCUAUAUCCAAGAUAAGUGUUUCCUGCACUUAGAAGCUCCAGUUAAACGUGUAACAGGAUGGGAUACACCAUUUCCUCAUGUAUUUGAACCAUUCUACCUACCAAACAAAUUACGAUGCCUUAGUGCAAUUAAGGAAUUGAUGAAUUAUUGAAUCAUGUUAAAAAUUUAACAAAUUUUAUUUUGUUAAGGUAACCGAUGCAUUUAUUUACAAAUAUACACUACGUUGGGAGCAAGUUGAGUUUAGGGGCUAUGCUCGGAUCAUUUUGAAAAUUUUACCGCAGGUAGGUAUUUGUAACCUGAUUACGGCAAUGAAAUGGGUAUCAUUUGAAAGCUUAUGAAAUUUAGGAAAAUUUGCAUUUUUGUAUGAGUACUUUUUGAAAAACCUAUAAAAACUCGAAAAUGGACCCAUUAUAGGGUCUUAAAAUCUAUACACUAUAUUAUAGCUAACACUAUUGCCUUUCCAAAAUGGUGUCAUAUGUGUUGAUAUCUUUUGUGGUUCCGUGGAUAUAAGAGAUAGAAUUCAUUAAAUUAUAUUUUUCUCCAGUCUAGAUGCAUUUGACUUUGACCUUUAUAGCUUUUUUAAGCAACCGGCCUUCGGCCGAGGCUUAAGAUUUUCUCCUCUGCGGUAUGUCCAACACCGGCUACGCGAUCCAUAGUU